AUGGAGUUUGUCAAGGAUUUUAAGGACGCCGCUCAGAUUCUCGAGAAAGGCGGAUUCACGCAGUUUAGACCUCAUUACAUUACUUGGUAUUGUCCUCAUGCUUUCACACUGAGCAAGCAGUAUUUUUCAGAGUAUGUAGUUAAGAAGAACAGCUCCAUACUAUCGGUUCUUAUUAGAGGAACAUUAAGCUGUGAAACAUGCCGCUCCUCCUGGUGUGCCACACAAUCACACAGUGGAAGGAAUUUUGAGAAGGUCGGAGGAAGGAGGAAGAGUCUUUGA